AUGUCUGGACCCAUUUUAUGUUACAUCAAAAAUAAAGAACAUUUCAAACAACUGUGGCCUUCGUUCCAUUUGACAGUAGUCCUGCAGGAACAGUAUCAACUUCAAAAAGAUGAAGCAACAACUGCCACUCAGAAUUUCUUGCGUAACUUUCGCUUGUGUCCUGAUAAUGGAAAUAUGAAUUUGGAUGAAUGGCGACACUUUCUCUGGGCUCAAGCUCUUGGCGAAACUCAUGCUAGUAUUGCAGAUGAUAUUGCCAAAUUAUGGCUGCAACUGAGAUACCAGUAUCUAGCCAUUGCCCCAGAAGUAAGUACUCUGUUGUGCAAACUCAGAUGUCACUACCUCCUUGGGCUAAUUACUAAUGGGCCAUCUCGGGCACAAUGGGAAAAAGUCCACACCUUAAAUCUGCGCCAGUACUUUGAUUGCAUUCUUGUAUCUGGUGACCUCCCAUGGGAAAAACCAGAUCAAAACAUAUUUCUUGAAGCAUGUCAAUAUUUGGGAGUGCAACCACGUAACUGUCUAAUGGUUGGAGAUAAAUUGGAAACUGAUAUAGCAGGAGGACAAAAAGCAUCUCUUGGAGGCACCGUAUGGAUUCCACUCAGCAAAGAAAGCAUUGUUGUGUUUGAAGAAGGACCACGACCUGACUUCACUCUUGAGAGUGUGACAGACUUACCUUUGUUGCUACCAGCUAAGUCCAAUAUAUCUCAUCUUGCUUGCACAGAUUUUGAAGACUGUAACAGUAAUGCCAGCGAUGGUAGCUAAAAUUUUGUUUGCAAAAUAUUGCAAUUCAGGGAAGAAGUUAGCAUUGGAUUGUUUCGUAAGAAAUCCGUUUCAGGUUGCUUCCCUUGCUCAUUUUUAAGCAUCUUUACUAGAGGCCAAAGGAAUUUGUUACUUGUUUUUUGCCAAUAUACCUAACCUAUGUAAUGUUUAUAGUUCUAUUCUUAAUGAAUUUGGAACUUGCAAAACCAAUGUACAUGUGUAUUUCACAUGUUCAUAAGUUCCUGCUACUUUAAAAAAGUUAAAAUCAUGCACAUUAGUGGUUUCCUUAUUUUGUUCUUGCCUAGUCAAAUGAACUCUCACCAUUGAUUUUGUUUGUUUUGAAAACUCAUCACAAAAUCUAUUUUUAAGUGUGCCUUAAAUUAGCAUGGGAAUGGAAGUCGCUCUGUAAGUUUGAUUAAUGAUCAGCUGUAUAAAUUACAAGUUAUGUGAUACCAAAAGUCAAUAAGCUGAUGUUCAUUUAGUUUAAGGAUAUUGCCUUUUAGAUCUGUGAAGUUUGUGAUAAAAAUUACAAAGAAAUGUUAAUCCUUUUAUAUUUGUAUUUGUAAUAGUUGCCAAAUACCUUGAUUAUAAACUGUACUAAGUAUUUUACAAUUGAAAUGUUAGAGUAUUCAUAUUUAGUACUGAUUGGAGAGUAUAUUUUUAUAGAUUAGAACUAUGAUUAUCUAGUACCUGUUAUAGUCUUCAAGAAUGCAUUCUGAACUGUUAUUUGUAAAUCACACAAUAGUUGCAAACAAAUUCUUUAAUAAUUAGUAAAUGUGUCCCUGUGAAUUGGGCAGCUUAAUGUAUGGGAAAAUAAGUAUUUUAUCUUGCCAUAAAGCCAUAGAAAAAAUACUGAGGUAACUUAGCUGAGUGAGUUUCGUAAUUCACAGAUAUAUAUUACUGAAAAUUGUUCCUGUAUUCUUCCAAUUUCAAGAAUGAAGUAAACAUGUGUACAAGACAACCAAUUAUAGAGCUUACAUAUUCUGCAUUUUAAAUCACAGCUCUGAUUGAAGGUUUUCUCUGAAGGUCUCAACACUCUCAGAUAGUUCAUUCCUACUCUUGCAUUCAACAAUGUGUGUAGUGUUUUGAAAAACUGCUAAGAAAUGAUUUGUGUUAUUUUAACUAUCUAAACUCAAAACAAUAGAUAGAAUUUGGACUUAAUGUCUCGGUAUCAAAUUUGUAUUACAUGAAUUCAGACUACUUCUGCAAGUUUCAGUAUUUUUCAAAACUAGCAUUGAUUUAUUAUACUAUCUUCAAUAUAGUCAGUACAAAUAAAAUUAGAAUGUAUUUGACAUUUGGGGGUGGAGGAGGACAGUGUUGCACAUUCUCAACACUUAGCAAACAGAAGAAAGGAAUGUUGAAAAACUCGUUACAAGUUUGUUUGUAACAUUUGUUCCCUAAUUUUAGGAGGCAACAAUGUGCAAAUACCUAAACUUCUGAAUCACUGUUCCUUAGGUGAAGGCACCGGUAUUAUCACAUGAGCACGAAAUGUCAACAACAUUCUAAUAUUAUUUUAAUCUUACAACCUGGUGAUUCUCAAGGAAUGUUAAGUUUCAGUAAUUAUGUGCAAAAUCAGCUUUUGUAUAUCAUUUAAUGCAGUCAAAGCAAUUGCAAGUGCAGAGAAUGUAAAACCUAAGGUGUAAGAAAUAUCAAUGAAAGUUCACAUGUGCUCCCUCAAUUAUAUGAAGAGUGUGUGUGUGUGGGGGGUCCAGUUAGUCAUAUUGAGAUGGCAGAAAAUUUGUAUGGUUUGACCCUAAUACGAUUUUAAAUUACUCAGAACAUUCAUCAUUGUUGCAAGUCCAUAGAUAACGGUAUAAAAGUAUAGUCAAAGUAAGUGCCAUUGCAUACGAGCUGCAGUGACUGCCCACAUUCCCCCCUACACUCUUCAUAUACACAAUGUACUCUUUCAUAUACAAUUUCUUUUUAGUUUGUGCAAUGAAAUAAGUUAUUUGAAUAUAUACCACUGCAUAAAUGCCACCGACUACUACCCAGUAGCAGCUUGGGAAGAUUAUCCCACUCUUUCUCCGUCCAAGUUUUCAACCAUGCUUAUCAACAUGUAAAGCAGGAAGGUACAAAAAUAAGAACAUGGCAUGGCCAAUACUGUCUGAGUCCAGGAGAUAAAUGUGAUGUAUUAACUAUGUAUUUUUCUUUAAUAUAGAACGCAUUUGUAGAAUGUGUUUCUAUUUAAAUGUACUGUUUCGGGACUGCUCACUACAUGCAUAUUGAUUAGUAAUACUAAUAAAGAUUUUAAUUAUAAUGAAGUUUUCUUUAUAUCACCAUACUACAAAUCCACAUUACAAAUUUUAUAACAUGAACGAGAUUAUUUGCAAAGUUAUAUUCAUACAAAACCAAAUUACUUACAAUCUUGUCAAUAAAGUAGUGGCUAUUUUUGUGGGAUGUUGUUCAUCCCACUGUCUAAAUUCUAGGGCACACUUUUUUCUUUCAGCUACAUACCCAAGUUCAUUAUACAAUAGAGCUAACAAAUAUAAUACAUCUUUCAUUCGUGAAUAGGCCUCAACUUUCAAAAAGGCAUUCCUGGCCUUUUGAAGGAUUUGAACAGCUUCCAAAAUAGCAGGUUUCCUAUUUUCAUCAUUCUGACUAGAAGCAGAAGCAACUCUACAUUUUGCAUAUAGUAAUAAUGCCCUUCCUUGAUCAAAAUAUCCACCAUGUGAGAGAAUCACCAAAAGUGAAUCGUUCACUAAUUUCAGGGCCUGUGAUGCCAAACCCAUUUGUAACUGGACAUUGGCAAAAUGCAACCCUACUAUUGCAGAUAAGUAAUCCAAGAAAUGCAAUUGAGCGAGGGCAAGUGCUGUGGUCAGAAGGGAAAUCGCUCCUGCAGGCGAGCUCGCUGCUGUAGCACUACAGCACUGGAGCUCGGCAGUCAAUAUCAGAGCUCGUACGUGAACAGACGAACACAUGAAUUCAUCUUCUGCAUGAAGCCUACAGUAGUCGAGGACGGAAUACACACAUGCUGCAGCACAUGGAUAAUUCCCUCUUGCUAAGUACAAUUCUGCCUUGCGUAAUUGACUUUCCCAUCUGUCAAUGGCCACCAGUUGUGCAAUUGCCUGUUCUGCCUCUUGCCACUUUCCGUUAUGCAUUGCUUCAGUGAAAUUUAAAAUUUCUCCAGAAAAGAUCCACGAGUGAGAUGUUGGUUCAUGUGGGAAACAUUCUCUUGCAUACCCAAUAAUAAGAGAUGCGAUAUGAUAUUCACCUUGUUCUACAAGAACAUUAAUGACAUUGCAGAUUGCUUGGCAGGUGCCUUCCCCAUUGUAUGCAACUAUUCCCUGUGCAGGGUUGGCUGUAUUGAGGUGUAAUAAUAAUUGGCUACAUAAAGAUACCAUAUCUGAUUUUCCAUACAAACACCAGAGAGCUGCUUUCUGAGCAUAACUAUUAGUAAGCAAGUCAAUCAUGGAAUGUUGACAAUUUAAAACAUCACUCUUCAUCAGAAGAUCAAACACUAGAGCUGGCUUUCCUCCAGUGGCACCAGCAUAUUGAGCAAAUGACUGAAUUCCCAAAGAAGUCAAAUAACUUAAAUUUAAAUCACUACUUUUCGAUAUUGAACGUUCCAUUAAAAUUUCUUUAUUUUCAUCACUUAACUUAUAAAGCCAUGCAAGAACAUACUGAAGGCAAAUGUUAUCAUUGACAUCUUGGGCAAGCAUUACUGCCUCUUUUAGAGCAACAUUUGCUUCUUUCUUAUAUCCAAAUUGAGCAUAAAGCAUAGCCAAAUUGAGAGCUGCAUAACGAUAACCUUUAUUUCUUUCUUCCUGAUUACUAAUUUUCUCUGCAGUCAAAGUGUUCCUAUCGAAACAAUGAAAUAAACUAUUUACAGCACCACAAAACUCUUUUGCACGAAGACAGUUCAAGUAUGUUAAGUAAUGAGCUUCGGCAUACUCAGGAUUGGCUUGCAAUAAAUCUUUUAUCUUAUCUUGUAAAUGUGGAGGAGAUAGAGCAGCCAUUUCAUUACUCUGAAUAAGUGAUGCCUGCUGAGCAAUGAACAAUUCAGCUUGUCUUCGAGACCAAAAUGUUCUAUCACUUUCAUUCUUCACAGAUGUAACGGUCUCAAUCUCAUGAGAAUACUCCUCACAAUCUGGUAAUGGAAUUGACACAUCACAUAAACUCAUUUCUACUUCUUGUCCAGAAUUAAUAGAAUCAUCUUUACAUUUCACUACACUCUUCUUCGGGUUGCUUCUUUCAAAGUACUUCUGAUAAGCUUUGUACAUAAGAACUACUUGAGAAAAUGACAUCUUAUCAAAAAACACUAAAAUUCUUCUCAAGUAUAAACCAAUAACACUAGUUUUAUGAACAACGGGCAAAACUGUGGAUGGUUCCACCAUUAAUUGUUUCACAUUUUGCAUUAGAUCUAAAACACUUCCCACUCCAUUAUCAUACAAUUGUUGUAACUGUGUAUUAAAAGUCUUUAAAUGUUGAGGAAGAAGUUGAAACUUGUCAGUCUGCAAUAACUCUUGCAAUUCAUUAAGUUCUAGGUCAGGACACUGUAUUAACUUCAGUACCAGUAUACAAAAAUCUCUCUUAUGGCAUGGCUCCAGGCAGUAAAAUCCACCUUCAUCCAAUUCCAACACUUGAUCUGAUCGUGAUUUAAGCUUCAACGAACAAAAUUCUUUUAUUAGGAGAACGACAGAUAUUCUGUGAGGUGUAAUAUUUUCUCUGUUCGAUUUCCUCUGCACCACACCAAAAUUAUACAUGUCAGAACACAUUAUGAGUUUAAGAACAGAACUAUAUUUGAAAAUAACAGUAACGCAGUCUCAUACGUUAGAUAUGGGCAAGUGUCAAUAUUCACAACAAUCAAAUGUUAUUCGCUGCCUGCAUUUCCAACCGACACGAUUCAUUUUCGCGGUGCCCUACAAAACUUCUUUAACCCAACCUCCCUUUGAAAUGGCCAGAGAGCAUCAACUCCAUAAGCCCCACACCACCCCACACAAUCACAAAGUAGACGCCCGACAAUAACAUAUAUCGUAGUAUCUGUAUCCGCACGAAUUUCUCUUCCUGGGCAAAGCACACGCGAUCAAUGAAUACCGACCGCCUUCUGUAUUUAAAAACAAUUGUUAUCAGCAACACAGCAGCGACUCAAUUAUGCACAACUAUGCAGUCGAUGGUUGGCAC